AUGAAGAAGAAGAAGAAGAAGAAGCCUCGCGCUUGCUGUGACCUUCAAGUGCAUGUAGACACGCUUACCACCAGAGGUCUCUUCCUGCAGUUCCAGUUUGGUCCACUUCAUCUAGUUCAGUUUGGUCCACUUCAUCGAGUUCAGUUUGGUCCACUUCAUCUACCCCCUUUAGUGCAGAUUGGUCUGCUUCAUUUAGUUCAGUUUGUUCCACUUCAUGUAGUGCAGUUUGGUCCACUUCAUCUACCCCCUUUAGUGCAGUUUGGUCCGCUUCAUUUAGUUCAGUUUGGUCCACUUCAUCUAGUGCAGAUUGGUCCACUUCAUUUAGUUCAGUUUGGUCCACUUCAUCUAGUGCAGAUUGGUCCACUUCAUCUACCCCCUUUUGUGCAGAUUGGUCCACUUCAUCUAGUGCAGAUUGGUCCACUUCAUGUAGUGCAGUUUGGUCCACUUCAUCUAGUGCAGAUUGGUCCACUUCAUGUAGUGCAGUUUGGUCCACUUCAUCUAGUGCAGAUUGGUCCACUUCAUGUAGUGCAGUUUGGUCCACUUCAUCUACCCCCUUUAGUGCAGUUUGGUCCGCUUCAUUUAGUUCAGUUUGGUCCGCUUCAUCUAGUGCAGAUUGUUCCACUUCAUCUAGUGCAGAUUGGUCCACUUCAUCUACCCCCUUUAGUGCAGAUUGGUCUGCUUCAUUUAGUUCAGUUUGUUCCACUUCAUGUAGUGCAGUUUGGUCCACUUCAUCUACCCCCUUUAGUGCAGUUUGGUCCACUUCAUUUAGUUCAGUUUGGUCCACUUCAUGUAGUGCAGAUUGGUCCACUUCAUCUACCCCCUUUAGUGCAGUUUGGUCCGCUUCAUUUAGUUCAGUUUGGUCCACUUCAUGUAGUGCAGUUUGGUCCACUUCAUCUACCCCCUUUAGUGCAGUUUGGUCCGCUUCAUUUAGUGCAGAUUGGUCCACUUCAUUUAGUUCAGUUUGGUCCACUUCAUCUAGUUCAAUUUGGUCCACUUCAUUUAGUUCAGUUUGGUCCACUUCAUCGAGUUCAGUUUGGUCCACUUCAUCUACCCCCUUUAGUGCAGUUUGGUCCGCUUCAUUUAGUUCAGUUUGGUCCACUUCAUGUAGUGCAGUUUGGUCCACUUCAUCUACCCCCUUUAGUGCAGUUUGGUCCGCUUCAUUUAGUUCAGUUUGGUCCGCUUCAUCUAGUGCAGAUUGGUCCACUUCAUCUAGUGCAGAUUGGUCCACUUCAUCUACCCCCUUUAGUGCAGAUUGGUCUGCUUCAUUUAGUUCAGUUUGGUCCACUUCAUUUAGUUCAGUUUGGUCCACUUCAUGUAGUGCAGAUUGGUCCACUUCAUCUACCCCCUUUAGUGCAGAUUGGUCCGCUUCAUCUAGUGCAGAUUGGUCCACUUCAUUUAGUUCAGUUUGGUCCACUUCAUGUAGUGCAGAUUGGUCCACUUCAUCUACCCCCUUUAGUGCAGUUUGGUCCGCUUCAUUUAGUUCAGUUUGGUCCACUUCAUGUAGUGCAGUUUGGUCCACUUCAUCUACCCCCUUUAGUGCAGUUUGGUCCGCUUCAUUUAGUGCAGAUUGGUCCACUUCAUUUAGUUCAGUUUGGUCCACUUCAUCUAGUUCAAUUUGGUCCACUUCAUUUAGUUCAGUUUGGUCCACUUCAUCGAGUUCAGUUUGGUCCACUUCAUGUAGUGCAGUUUGGUCCACUUCAUCUACCCCCUUUAGUGCAGAUUGGUCUGCUUCAUUUAGUUCAGUUUGUUCCACUUCAUGUAGUGCAGAUUGGUCCACUUCAUCUAGUUCAGUUUGGUCCACUUCAUGUAGUGCAGUUUGGUCCACUUCAUCUAGUUCAAUUUGGUCCACUUCAUUUAGUUCAGUUUGGUCCACUUCAUCGAGUUCAGUUUGGUCCACUUCAUCUACCCCCUUUAGUGCAGUUUGGUCCGCUUCAUUUAGUUCAGUUUGGUCCACUUCAUGUAGUGCAGUUUGGUCCACUUCAUCUACCCCCUUUAGUGCAGUUUGGUCCGCUUCAUUUAGUUCAGUUUGGUCCGCUUCAUCUAGUGCAGAUUGGUCCACUUCAUCUAGUGCAGAUUGGUCCACUUCAUCUACCCCCUUUAGUGCAGAUUGGUCUGCUUCAUUUAGUUCAGUUUGGUCCACUUCAUUUAGUUCAGUUUGGUCCACUUCAUGUAGUGCAGAUUGGUCCACUUCAUCUACCCCCUUUAGUGCAGAUUGGUCCGCUUCAUCUAGUGCAGAUUGGUCCACUUCAUUUAGUUCAGUUUGGUCCACUUCAUGUAGUGCAGAUUGGUCCACUUCAUCUACCCCCUUUAGUGCAGUUUGGUCCGCUUCAUUUAGUUCAGUUUGGUCCACUUCAUGUAGUGCAGUUUGGUCCACUUCAUCUACCCCCUUUAGUGCAGUUUGGUCCGCUUCAUUUAGUGCAGAUUGGUCCACUUCAUUUAGUUCAGUUUGGUCCACUUCAUCUAGUUCAAUUUGGUCCACUUCAUUUAGUUCAGUUUGGUCCACUUCAUCGAGUUCAGUUUGGUCCACUUCAUGUAGUGCAGUUUGGUCCACUUCAUCUACCCCCUUUAGUGCAGAUUGGUCUGCUUCAUUUAGUUCAGUUUGUUCCACUUCAUGUAGUGCAGAUUGGUCCACUUCAUCUAGUUCAGUUUGGUCCACUUCAUGUAGUGCAGUUUGGUCCACUUCAUCUACCCCCUUUAGUGCAGUUUGGUCCGCUUCAUUUAGUUCAGUUUGGUCCGCUUCAUCUAGUGCAGAUUGGUCCACUUCAUUUAGUUCAGUUUGGUCCACUUCAUGUAGUGCAGAUUGGUCCACUUCAUGUAGUGCAGUUUGGUCCACUUCAUCUACCCCCUUUUAGUGCAGUUUGGUCCGCUUCAUCUAGUGCAGAUUGGUCCACUUCAUCAAGUGCAUUUUGGUCCACUUCAUCUACCCCCUUUAGUGCAGUUUGGUCCGCUUCAUUUAGUUCAGUUUGGUCUGCUUCAUCUAGUGCAGAUUGGUCCACUUCAUCUAGUUCAGAUUGGUCCACUUCAUCAAGUGCAUUUUGGUCCACUUCAUCUACCCCCUUUAGUGCAGUUUGGUCCGCUUCCUUUAGUUCAGUUUGGUCAGCUUCAUCUAGUGCAGAUUGGUCCACUUCAUUUAGUUCAGUUUGGUCCACUUCAUGUAGUGCAGAUUGGUCCACUUCAUUUAGUUCAGUUUGUUCCACUUCAUCGUCCCCCCUCUAGUGCAGAUUGGUCCACUUCAUUUAGUUCAGUUUGUUCCACUUCAUCCACCUCCUCUAGUUAAUUUUGGUCCACUACAUCUAGUUCAGUUUUUUCCACUUCAUCCACCUCCUCUAGUUCAGAUUGGUUUGCUUCAUCCAGUUCAGUUUGGUCCA